GCAAUGCAGCAUGCAAACAGGAGUUUGUUGUUUACGCCAUUUGUGGCCGUCGUAGUGUUGUGUGAUCUUUCUUUAUCGCAGUGAUAUACUUGUCAUCCGUAUGUGUUUCGUGUAACGUGAACACCUAGGAUUAUUAACAUGUCUGCGAAUAACGCGAAAAUACCUACGACGGAACGCGUCGUCAAAAGUGUGCCGUUUCCUCCUAGCCACAAGCUGACACUGAGUGAAGUGUUUGAGGCAAAAAGCGGCAAGCCGCGGAUUGAGGCAUUGAAGCAACACUUUGUGCUCGAGGGGCGAAUCGAAGAGGCAGCUGCCCUACGCAUCAUAAACGAGGGGGCUGCAUUGCUUCGCCAGGAGAAGACCAUGAUUGACAUUGAGGCCCCCGUGACUGUUUGUGGCGACAUCCAUGGCCAGUUCUAUGACCUGAUGAAGCUGUUCGAGGUGGGCGGCCCACCUGCCACUACCAAGUACCUCUUCCUUGGGGACUAUGUUGAUCGGGGGUACUUCAGCAUUGAGUGUGUGCUCUACCUCUGGGCCCUGAAGAUCUGCUACUCUAACACUUUAUUCCUGCUACGUGGCAACCACGAGUGUAGGCACCUAACCGAGUACUUCACCUUCAAGACUGAGUGCAAGAUAAAGUAUUCAGAGCGUGUGUAUGAUGCCUGUAUGGAGGCAUUUGACUGCCUGCCCUUGGCUGCCCUCAUGAACCAACAGUUUCUCUGCGUCCACGGGGGGCUCUCUCCAGAGAUCCACAACCUCGACGACAUUAAGAAGCUGGACAGGUUCAAGGAGCCGCCUGCAUUUGGUCCCAUGUGCGACCUGCUUUGGUCGGAUCCACUUGAAGACUUCGGCAAUGAGAAGAAUGCGGAGCAUUUUAGUCACAAUAGCGUCCGCGGAUGCUCAUAUUUCUAUAGCUAUGCAGCAUGUUGCGAGUUUCUCCAGCAGAACAACCUCCUCUCUAUAAUUCGGGCUCAUGAAGCUCAGGACGCUGGGUACCGGAUGUACAGGAAGAGUCAGACGACAGGGUUUCCGUCACUCAUCACCAUAUUCUCGGCACCAAACUACUUGGAUGUUUACAACAACAAAGCGGCGGUGCUGAAGUACGAGAACAAUGUGAUGAACAUUCGGCAGUUCAACUGCUCACCUCACCCCUACUGGCUGCCCAAUUUUAUGGACGUUUUCACCUGGUCCCUGCCAUUUGUAGGCGAGAAAGUGACGGAAAUGUUGGUCAAUGUCCUGAACAUCUGCUCAGAUGAUGAGCUCAUGACUGAAGGGGAUGACACCUUUGAAGCCACCUAUUUACUGUCCUUAGGUCUGUCCUCUGGAACCGAAUCCCAGGAGGAUAGUGGUGCAGCGAGCGCUCGAAAAGAAGUUAUUAGAAAUAAAAUCCGAGCUAUUGGCAAGAUGGCCCGCGUCUUCUCCGUGCUGAGGGAAGAAAGCGAAAGCGUUCUUCAGCUUAAAGGACUCACACCGACUGGGACUCUGCCAUUGGGAGCCCUUUCUGGCGGCAAAACUUCUCUGCGCAAUGCUCUAGCGGGCUUCUCGCCCCACCACAAGAUCACCAGCUUCGAAGAAGCAAAGGGUCUGGACAAGAUCAACGAGCGCAUGCCACCUCGCAAGGAUGCACCGCUACCGCACGGGGGUCCCUCGUCACCACAGGAGGAGCAUGGUAGCAGCAACUCUGCCGGCUCCUGAAGGGGGUCUCAACCCUCUCCCGCCUCUUCCUCCUCUUCCCCCACCUUCCCCUCUCGGUUUUCCCCUUCCUUGUUAAGUGCCUCGCUCGCCUCCCGUUUCCCAUCUCAUCAUCCCUUGUGUGCUAACAAUGCCACGGCGCAGAGUGUGUGCUGCAUGUGCGAUGAGGAGACUGCUUGCCUCUUUUUCUCUCACUACCCUCUGUCGAGCAUGCCCUACCAACUCUUCUCGAUCACUCUUGCUUCUGUGCCCACUGUUGUGCAUUUUUGUUCCCUGCUAAGUUAUUAUAAGUUAAUGAGUGACAGAGUGCAGUUGAGGACUUGUUUUUGUGCAGUAUUUGUUUGUUCGUUUUUCUUACUCAUUUGCCUUAUUGGGAACGCAGGAUCGGAGUGCCCUCACGACGCUCCACAAAGCACUGAUAUGUGUGCGUGUCUAGCUGUGUGGGCUUGACACUGCUUGCCCUUUGUUGUUGCUGUUCUGGUCACCUUAUCAUAGUGUAUUUUGUGUCCGGGCAGCAGAGUCGCACGGGCAGCAUGCGCACUCAUAUGGGAUGCUGAAACACUGUGCUGCUGCACUGCACUGCACGUGUCAUCUCUUUUAUAUGCACACACACACAGGUUAGUUUCUUUUUUAUUUUAUUUGUACAGCAGCGGGCCUGUUUUACCGCUGCUUCCCACUCCCUUUCCUUGCUGUGACUGCCCUCGUGUUCAACUUAUUGCAAAUUGUGUGCGUGUGUGUGUGUUUGUGAAAGAUGAUACAGAAUGCCGCCGCCAAUUGUGAGGGGAGUACUGUGUGAGAGAGAGGGGAACUCUCAUUUUUGUGUGGUGUUGUCAUUGGAGGGGUGUAGCUCUCGCGGACAUUGCGCAUGUGUGCCCUUCUCCCAUGCACGACUGAUGCCAGUAGUUGUGGUGACUGCUGCCACUGAGGAAGUGAUCAUAGAGGGUUUUGCAAACUUGGGCGGGGCAUGUCUGUGGGCCAUCCGCACAUCGUGUGACAGUGUGGCUGUUACUGAUGGGCCUCUGGGGAGACGGGUGUGCAAGACCCUGGGGAAACUCUAUACAUACAUGAGUGUACAUAAGAGGGGGAAAAAAGAAAGACGAAAAAAACAAAACAAAUAAGGCCUGACACUGUGGUCACUUGGGGGCCGCGAUGCAAUUUUCAUGUCGGGAAAUUGCUGUGCAAUGUCUUUGUUGCUUUACUUGAUGGCUUUCUUCCUUGUCAAUCUUGCAUUUUGGUGAUGCCUUUGAUUUUCCUUUCACACCCUGUAUAUGUCUCUCUCUAUAUGUAUAUGUAUAUAUACAUAUAUAAAUAUAUAUGUCCAUGUGUAUAUAUAUGAAUAUGUGUAUAUGUAUGUAUAUACCAAAGCCUCCACCGCCUGGAGUACUGUUCUUGAUUUUUCAUGCGCAUCCUUUCCCGAUGGCUUGUGGCAAUUUGUGAAAAAAUAUAUCUGUAUAUAUAUAUCUAUAUAUAUAUAUAGAUAUAUAUAUAUGUAUAUUACAUAUAAUAUUCAUAUACAUAAUAUACAUACUAUACGUGGAAAUGCUUUGUUUUUAAUUUCUCCCUCUGCCUUGUCAUCGCUCCUGAAGUCGCUUGUUUCUGUUUUAUGAUGCGGCUCAUUGUUCUCUCCACUGUUGCUAACCUGUCUACCUUCUUGCCGCCCGUGGUAACAUCGAAGGGCCAACAUUGUAUGGCGUGGAACUCCAUUUCUCAACUUCAGCCUCCCCUGCCUCUCUCCUCCACUGAUGCUGCGACACUGGCCUGCUGAAUGGUCCGCUGAACCAACCAUGCGCACGUGUGUGCUGAGGGAAUCCGCUAUGCCACUCAUCAAUGUCCCAGGCUUUGAUCUCUGUCUGGGGCUGUUCCGAAUUAGAAUAUGUCAACAUUCAGUUACACCUUGUGACAUGAGUUUAAGGUGGUCUGUGGUGAGCUGGCAGCACACAGACAGCAUGUGCCUCGUCUGGGUGGUGCUUGCCCAGAUGCAAGUUUUAGCGGGGGGACCCUGUUUCAGCUGUGUGCAAUGUUUAGUUGCUUUGAAGAAUUCUCGUGGAAGUAACGGCUUGUGUGCUUGUAAGAUGUAUAGCCGUACUUCAUGCAGAACUCUUGCCCAGCAACUAUAAUUCAUGUCUGUUUCAAUUUCGAUGGUUGUGUGAAGCUCGAGGCAAUUUGUGGCUGUCGGAAAUUCUCGUGCUGUCUUGCCUGAUCUAGUCUUAUGUUUUUAUGGUCCCGUGGCUCCAUUGAGUCUGAAACCGGGGCAGUGUCUGCAAAAGUAGAGCACAACCCGAGUCGGGCAUUUGAGCUGCACCUCUGCUCCAAUCAGAGCUGCGAGACCAUCGCAGCUUCUAGUGAAGGGGAAAGAAUUUACUGUGAGGCAGGGACCACCCUGCAAUGAUCCCAAUGGCGACGGCCGGUGCGCCUACAGUUGUCAAACCAUGAGUAAAGUGGGAUAGUUUCAUGGGUCAGGUUUUCACGAUGUUUUGUGUGGCUGGCUGGCGCUUUGUGACAUUAGACUUGCUCAAAGCCAUAUAUGCACACUUCUCGCCUGCACAGGCCUAAUUGAAUGGUUGCGAGUGUAUUCAGCAUUUUUUUAUGGUUAUAUUCUCUCGCAGGCCACAGAAAAGUGUUCGCUCAAACUUAAUGUAAAAGCUUGCCAAAGUUUGGUGCACCUCGUAAUGCUGUUCUGGCGGGAGCACUUGCUGGUUUGCGUGUGGGCAUGGGCAUUAGCAGCUGUGUUCCCAGGCGAGCUAGGUUCCUAUGGCCACAUGUUCGCUCGAGUGUCUAGUGGAGGGGGCGUGGCAUGGGUACUCUCUUGCAGAAUGGGGGAAUGUUCUUCUCUGCAUAUAUUAAGAAAGACUCACCUUCAUGUUUAAACAAAAAUCUUUCUUGAUAUUUCCAAAAGCUCUCUCGCUCUUUGGCGAACUGUCUUAUCGAAUUCCCUCAGGAGUGUCUGCCUCUUUUUCAGCAGUGCAGAAGAUAGAGGAGAGCCGCUUAUGUGGGCAUGUAAUAACCCAUCUGUUGUGCAAUAGUUGUACACACACACACACACACACAAAUACACAUACACACACAACAAAAAUUGUAUCUGUUGUAAAAAAAGACUGAUUUAUGUUGAAUAAAAAUCAACUAUGAACUUCACAACAA